CCCCUCCCUCCCUUGCAGUCGCUGCUGUUCCUGGGGCUGCUGGCGGCCAUCUGCCUGGGCCUGAACCUCGCCUUCCUGGCGGCCUACCUGGUGUGCGCCUGCUGCUGCCGGCCGGACCCCGUGGUGCAGACCAAGCAGCGCGGCUCCUGCUGCGUCACCUGGACGGCGGUGGUGGCCGGCCUCGUGUGCUGUGCUGCGGUGGGUGCAGGUUUCUAUGGGAACAGCGAGACUCACGACGGGGCGCACCAGCUCAUCUACUCCUUGGAGAACGCCAACCACACCUUCUCUGGGAUCGACGAACUGGUGUCUGAAAAUGCCCAGAAGCUGCAGGUGGACCUGGAGCAGCACCUGGCCCGGCUCAACGAGCUCUUUGCUGCCCGGGGUGACUACAUCCAGACCCUGAAGUUCAUGCAGCAGAUGGCAGGCAGCAUCGUCACCCAGCUCUCAGGACUGCCCGUGUGGAGGGAGGUCACCACACAGCUGACCGAGCUGUCUGACCAGACCGGCUACGUGGAGUACUACAGGUGGCUCUCCUACCUCCUGCUCUUCAUCCUGGACCUGGUCAUCUGCUUCAUCGCCUGUCUGGGACUGGCCAAGCGCUCCAAGUGUCUCCUGGCCUCGACGCUGUGCGGCGGGGUGCUGGCGCUGCUCCUCAGCUGGGCCUCCCUGGCCGCCGACUCGGCCGCGGCAGUGGGCACCAGUGACUUCUGUGUGGCUCCUGACACCUUCAUCCUGAACAACACGCAGGGCCACAUCAGCACAGAGGUGACGCGCUACUACCUGUACUGUGGUCAGAGUGUAAGCAGCCCCUUCCAGCAGGCGCUGACCACCUUCCAGCGCUCGCUGACCACCAUGCAGAUCCAGGUGGUGGGGCUGCUGCAGUUUGCCGUGCCCCUCUUCCCCACGGCGGAGAAAGACCUCCUCGGGAUCCAGCUCCUGCUGAACAUGUCGGAGACCAGCCUUCACCAGCUGACCGCCAUGUUGGAUUGCCGAGGGUUGCACAAGGACUACCUGGACGCCCUCACCGGCAUCUGCUAUGAUGGCAUCGAGGGCUUGCUGUACCUCGGCCUCUUCUCCCUCCUGGGCACCCUGACCUUCUCCACCCUCAUCUGUGCGGGACCACGGGCCUGGAAGCACCUCUCCUCCAGGGACAGAGACUACAACGACAUCGAUGACGACGACCCCUUUAACCCCCAAGCUCGGCGCAUCGCGAACCAGGCCAUGCUCUUUGGUGGGAACCCACGCUACGAAAACGUGCCGCUGAUCGGGAGAGGCUCCCCCCCGCCCACGUACUCUCCCAGCAUGAGGGCCACCUACAUGUCCGUGGCGGAUGAGCACCUGAGGCACUAUGGGAGUGAGUUUCCAGCCUAGCGGGUGGACGUGGACUUCC